AUGAGCACAAAACGAAAGUAUGACAAAGAGAAAAAUAAUGAAAGCGAUUUAAAAGAUAUAAAAAAUAAAUUAGAAAAUUUGAAAAAUAAAACUGAAGUAAUAGAUGGGAAAAAUGAAAAUAAUAAGAAAAAUGUAGACCCAUUUAAUGAUUUAAAAAUACAUAUAUUAAAUAUUUUAGAUGAAACAAGAAAAUGUAUUAGGGAAAAAGAUGAGAUUCAAAAUAUUCAUGGAAAUAAUAUUGAAGUAAUAAAAAGAAGUAAUAUAAUUUAUAAUAAUAUGAAAAAUUUAGAAACAUAUUUUACUAAGUUUGACGAAAUUUUAAAAAAACAAUUAAAACAAAGAUAUACUUUUACUAAAGAUGAAUUGCUUGAUAAAAACGAAACUUAUGAGUUGCUAAAGAAACAAUUUUUUGAAUGUAAAAAGAUAAGUAAUUAUAAUCAAAUUAAAGAUGUAUGUAUGGUUAAUUUUUCAGAAUAUAAAAAUAAGGCAAAGUUGGAAACCAAAGUAACAGAUAAUAAUAUACAUGAUGAAGACGACUUAAUUAUAAUAAACCAAUGGAAAGAAAGAGAUAAAAAAUUUAAUGAUGAAAUUUUAAAAAUAGGAGAUACUAUAGAUAAAAUUGGAGCAAAUGUUGAUAUAAUAGCAGAAAAAGCAAAUGAACAAAAUGAAAUAAUUAUAAAUGUACAUGAUCAAACUGAUAAAACUCAAGAUAAUGUUAAAGAAAUAAAUGUCGAAAUUAAAUUAGCAAUGAAAAAACAUUCACAUGCAACUUGGUGUUUAAGAAUUUCAUUGGCCAUUAUAUUCGUAGUUUUAGUUUUAAUCACUUUAAAUGUUAUAUCUAAUAGAUUAUUAAAAAGAAUGUAA